GCCUGGCCGGCCGCUUUCAGUCGGAUGAAGCCAUUACAACCUGAAACAGUGUUUGAUGUCGUCUCUGUAACAAAGUCAAACAAGUGAAGAAACCCAAUUGUGAUAUAGUGAUAAGUGUGCCAAAACAGAACGAACAAUGGAAGAUGACCAACAGUUUUGUCUAAGGUGGAACAAUCAUCAAUCCACACUCGUGGCAGUCUUCGACACACUGUUGGAAAACGGAACCUUAGUAGAUUGCACAUUGGCAGCAGAGGGCAAAUGUUUAAACGCCCACAAAGUUGUACUCUCAGCAUGUAGUCCAUUUUUCGAGUCGUUGCUGUCGCGGCAUUACGACAAGCACCCUAUCCUUAUAUUGAAGGAUGUAAAGUUCCAAGAACUGAAGGCGAUGAUGGACUACAUGUACAGAGGUGAAGUGAACAUAUCGCAGGACCAAUUGGGCGCGCUGCUUAAAGCGGCCGAGUCACUCCAGAUCAAAGGCUUAUCUGACAACAGAAAGGGGGGAGAGACUGACAGAAAGCCGGCGGCGCCCCCGCCGGCGCCCUCCAAAAGCCCACAACCGACUUCCCUACCAAAAGUACAAGGCCUAACAAUAGAACAGCGAAACAGAGACGACAGCAGGGAAGGGUCGCAGUCGCCGGGACCCCGAAAGAAAAAAAGGAUACGGCGUAAAAGCGAAGAGUUAGAUAAUCACCAUGACGCUUCAAACUCAUCUGAAUCUCAUAGUAAUCAAACACCCGCCCAAAACAUUCCCACGAUGUUACCUGCCUCGAAAAUAAUCGCCGACGUGCCUGAACCCGUAGAAACCAAAUCUGAAAUACUGACGAGGCAUAAACAGUCCGACGAUGUCCCCCAAGUUCCUAUAAUAAAAGAAAAAAUAGAAACACAUACAGAACUGAUGCUUGAACCAAAGUCUGAGUAUGUCGAAGAGAUGAAUGAGGACAGUAUUGAGGAUUUGACGUUGGACGACGACGAUAUUAGCAAUAUGGAAUCGAUGGACGACGGAGCUGGGCCUAGUCACGGCAAUGCGGGUGAAGGAUCGAGUCAAGGUUUCGGUGGUUGGCAUAUGGGUAACCAAAGUCAAGAUGAAGUAUUUUUGGCCGCUCAAGAGGCCGUUGGGGCUCAUCGUGAUUCACAAGCCCAAGACUUGCGUGUUUCUCGCCCGUGGGAGCGCUGGCCCUCUCAUCUUGCCUUGCCUAUGAUGCUGAUGCGCGAAAGCAUGAAAAAGUCGAUGAUUCAGUCUGUGACGAAUCGAUCGUCGCUCGAUCUCAGCACGUCUUCUCCUAAGUCUCGGAAUCGGACUAGUUUAGAUGGUACCGGGUUCGAUUGCUCAGUUUGCGGUAGAAUUUAUAAGUUGAAAAGUUCGUUGCGGAACCACCAGAAGUGGGAGUGCGGCAAGGAGCCCCAAUUCAAGUGCCCCUAUUGCGUUUACAAGGCCAAGCAGAAGAUGCACAUGGCCAGGCACAUGGAACGCAUGCACAGAGAGAUUGAUUACUCGUCGGUGAAGACGGAGAUCGUCGCUGUGAAGAACGAGAGCGGCGACAACGAAUGAUAAAGACAGUCAUCAAGCCCCAGUUACUACACCAUAGACAUACGCGCCAUGUUUUGUUAACUAAAAUACUCCUCAACACGUUCCUAAAUCGUACAUAGAACAGAACUCUUUCACUAUGCUGCCUUAGGCCUUGGACGAGGUCGAACGUUUUGUGAUACUUGAAAAAUCCGACAAUAUUCAAGACUGCCCACACAUCACUCUUUUUGUUUGUUUUUUUUUUUUUUGGAUGUUUUUAACCGUUCCUAGCAAUUUUGGUUUUGAUGAUAUCGGCGAUUUUAUACUACUAUACAUUAGUAUUUUGUAACUUUUUGUGAAAAAGAAUAUUUAUAUGUGAUAAAAAUGAUAAAAUAUGCUCUUUAUGAUGAUAUUUUUAUGUGAAUAGUUUACCUAAAUGAAGUGCCUCACAUAGUUAAUGUUCCUUGAAGCGUAUCUCUAGAUAUAAGUUACCUUUUAUCCUUUUUACACAGUUUUGUGAAAUAUUUUUAUAUAUUACGAUCAAGUUGUUGUUUACUACGUAUUGCUUUUAAGGUUAUUUGUUUAGUUAGGUGCUUUGCGUUAUUUUAGCCAGGUGCAUUAGGAGAGUGACGACCCGUCCGGACAAACUUGUAAAGAUCAAUCCUAGUCCGGUCGGGCGCCAUCUCCGCUUGUCGAUCCUUAGGUCCUAUCAAAUUCGCUUUUUACUUUAAGGCAGCUUGUAUUAUAAAAAUGAUAUAAUUUUGAAAAAAACAUAUUUUGUAUAUUUUGAUUAAAAACAUGCUUUAUUAUCGAUAAGGUAGUAGUCUUAAGUAAAUUUAUUUAAUUUUAUGCGUAUCAAAGGUGACGGGAUAUAUUUUUUCAGAAGAAGUACUAUACAACAAAAUAUGCCCAAGCCGACUAUUACUAUAAUACUCAACAGAAAAAUGUGAUUUUUUACCAUUAUUGUAAUAGUUUAUAGUUCCUUACACUGUCACAUAUCAAUAAUUUUGUCCUUAAACCAGAAUUGUUAAUUUUCCUAUCAUUUUUUUUUUGCUUUUUUGUUUGUUUUAUUUUUACUUAUACAUUGCUUUUAGGUAGCGGUAGACAUUACAAUAAAGAUUUCAAAUAAACUUUUUUUAUUUGA